AUGCUGAUCCACCUUAUUUCAUUUGCAUUCUUCUUCGGUUUUGCUUUGUCAUCCCAGUCUCCUCCGCAUCUCCCUCAAUGCACUCACAAUGAGACACUGAAAGCGUUGCUGACUUGCAACCCAAUGAGAUUUGACAUUAUGAAAAUUCGGGAAAAAUAUUCCAACAGCGGAGCAGCUCCCGAGUUUUAUAAAGAAAUUGAUGCAGCAUGUGAGCUGGCGAUGGAAUGCUAUGAGCCCCUAAAAUGCCAUGAAGCCAGAAGAUAUCGAGUUGCUUUGGACGAGGCUUGUGAUUUCAAUAUUUGGAUGUUCCCGGAAAACAGAGAAUGCUUAAUGAGUUUCUUCUCUGCUGCUUACAAUGCUCCCUCGUUACCAGAGCCACCUUGUCUUCUUCAGUAUCCUUUCAUGGAAAACGAUACAGCUAGAAGACACACCGCGUAUACUGACGGGAAAUACUGUUUCAUGGAUUAUGUAAAAAAUAACUGCUCCUGGAAUUCACAUCAUUACUUUUCGAAAAGAUAUGAAAAAAUUGUGAUUGCCAUCUCUAUCGACCCAAGAGUCAACGACUGUGGAACCGAGUACCAACAAAUGAAGCAUAUGCGGUGCCACGUCUUAUUGGCUGAAAAGGAGAAGAGAAUAAAAAAUAGAGGCUUUUUCGAUAGGCUCUUUGGAGGCUCACAGUCGUUGGCUGUGGAAAAAGCGUGUGAAGAUAUUCGGAAAUGUUACAAUGAGCUCAGCUGUGAACCACACUCGUCAAAAGUAGUUCAUAUCGACAAUGUGUGUCAUGAGUUGAUUCAUUACUUUCCUGACAAGAACAGAUGUCUAAUUGAUUUUAUAAAAUCGGUUCGAUACCAUCGAAAUCAAGAAGAACUGGCCUGUCUGAAGAUGUAUCCCUUUCUUGAGAUUUGUUAUGCCGAGCAUAGAUGCAUUUUCGAUUCGGUAGACAAAGCGGAACUAAGCCAAAAAUGUGAAGAGCUCAGUGAAUGGCUUUGA